AUGUCUGCCAGCCGUGUGUCGCAAAUUUUAUUCUCGCGCGUGUCGCACGCCGCUCGAAAACCGCAGCAAUUCGUCGCGCCCGCUAUCAGGUGUUAUUCCUGCCAAACUAGCAAUUACGAGUUCAUUAAAGUGGAGACUGCGGGUGAAAAGAAGAAUGUGGGCAUUGUCACCUUGAACAGGCCAAAGGCCCUAAAUGCUCUGUGCAAUCAAUUGAUGACCGAAGUGAAUCAUGCUCUGGAUCAUUUAAACUCAGAUUCGUCCAUCGCUGCUGUCGUCAUUACCGGAAACGAAAAGGCAUUCGCUGCUGGUGCGGACAUCAAGGAAAUGAAGGAUAAUUCAUUCGCAUCGAACCUGAGGCAAAACUUUAUAGCUCACUGGAACGGAGUUGCCAAAAGCAGGAAACCCCUAAUUGCUGCUGUAAACGGUUACGCUUUAGGUGGAGGGAACGAGCUCGCAAUGAUGUGUGAUAUUAUUUACGCCGGCGAGAAUGCCAAGUUUGGUCAACCCGAAAUCGCUAUCGGUACGAUUCCCGGCGCAGGCGGCACCCAACGGCUGCCCAGGAUUAUCGGCAAGAGUAAAGCUAUGGAAAUGGUACUCACCGGCAAUAUGAUCUCCGCGGAGGAAGCAGAAAAGAGCGGUUUGGUCAGCAAAAUCUUUCCAACUGAUAAAGUCGUCGAAGAAGCCGUGAAAUUGGGCGAAAAGAUUGCAUCUCACUCACCAUUGGUUGUGACGAUAGCCAAAGAAGCUGUUAAUGCCGCAUAUGAAACUACAUUGCAACAAGGACUUCUGUUUGAAAAGAGAAUGUUCCACAGCACUUUCUCUCUGGCGGAUAGAAAGGAAGGCAUGGCGGCUUUCCUGGAGAAGCGCCCACCAAAAUACACAAAUGAAUAGAUUUCAGUUAUCUCUAUCCGUAAGAUUAAGAGAAGAGACGCGAAGUGUUAAUGAAUAUUUUUAAAAUUAUUUUUAUACUUUUUUGUAAUAAGAAUGUAUCUACAACAUAUCUUGCCUUUCGCUUUUAACUGACUGAUAAAUCUAUCAACUGCUGUUUGAUUCUCUCUCUCUCUCUCUUUCUAAAAAAAAAGGAGAGAGUCUGUUCGUCAGUUAAGGAGUUAGACAUGAGAUAUUACCUGUUAUAUUUGUUACGACAUAUACAUAUAUAUACUGCAAUAAAUCUUUUGCAAGAAA